AUGCAAACCCCAAGCUCGCUUCGUCUUAUUAUCUUUGCCGCCAUGACUGCAAUGACACACGCACAGCAGGUUGGUGAUAACACAGAUGAGGUUCACCCCACGCUGACGACGCAAGAUUGCACUAAAACCGGUUGCACUGAUGCGGCAACGUCCAUAGCACUUGAUGCCAACUGGCGCUGGCUGUACAAGGUUGGCACGACAAAAAAUUGCUACACUGGAAACGCGUUUGACAAAACCAUCUGUGCGGAUCCUAAAACGUGCGCAUCCGAUUGCGCCCUUGACGGUGCCGACUAUACUGGUACUUACGGCAUCACAACGGAAGGUGACUCGUUGUCUCUUAAACUAGUGACCAAGGGUCCAUACAGUACUAACAUUGGUUCCCGAGUGUACCUCAUGGAGUCUGACGACAUGUACAAGUCUUUCAAACUGCUAAACAAAGAAUUCACUUUUGACGUCGACGUAUCAACACUCGGCUGUGGUCUGAAUGGCGCCAUUUACUUUGUUGACAUGGAGCCUGAUGGAGGUAUCAAACGUUUCCCAAGCAACAAGGCCGGUGCCAAGUACGGUACGGGUUAUUGUGAUGCACAGUGUCCCCAAGAUCUCAAGUUUAUCAGUGGGGAAGCCAACGUUAUCGAUUGGACGCCCAGCAAAAUCGAUAGCAAUGCUGGAACGGGUAAGUGGGGUUCCUGCUGCGCUGAAAUGGAUAUUUUGGAGGCAAACAGCAUUAGUAAUGCGUACACCACACAUCCAUGUACGACAAAGAUUGGUGGAUCUCAUCGCUGCGAAACUGCCGAGGAGUGCGGCGUAGGUAAGAGUCGUUAUGACGGCGUAUGCGAUAAGGACGGCUGUGAUUUCAACCCCUUUCGUAUGGGUAACAAGAAUUUCUAUGGCCCUGGACCAAAAUUUACGAUUGAUACGACCAAGAAGAUCACAGUGGUUACUCAAUUUAUUACAUCGGAUAACACGGAAGCGGGCAAGUUGACUGAGGUUAAGAGAUUUUACAUACAAAAUGGUGUGACACACGAAAUGGCUAAAUCGACAUUUCCGGCAUUGAAGAACAUGAAUUCUUUGACAGACAGUCAGUGCUCUGCAGCUAAAACGCUAUUUGGCGAUAUCGAUGACCACAAGAAAAAAGGCGGUCUCGAACAGAUGGGUGAGGCGAUGAGGAGCGGUAUGGUGCUGACUAUGAGUCUCUGGACGGACAAUGCCGCUCAGUGUCUGUGGCUCGACUCGGACUUCCCAGUGGACGCUCCUGCCACAAAGCCUGGUGUAUCUCGUGGUACUUGCCCAAAGACGUCUGGCUUACCGAAAGAGGUCAUUGCCGAGCAACCCGACGCUACCAUUGUCGUAAGCAACAUCCGCUUUGGCGAAAUCGGCUCGACGGUGAAGGGUCUACCAGCAUCUUCAAAGGCCACGAAGGCCACUCCUGCUGCUGCCACACCUGAAGUAGGAGCUGACGCAGACAUUUUGACGCUCACGGCUACUCCUGAAGUAGGUGCCGAUGCAGAUGCAUCGCCGCCGUCCACCUCGUGCAGGCGCCGACGCUAA